UAGGUAGUUGCCAACUUGUAGGGAGGUUCUACUUUUUCCGCAAUAACCAAAUAUGAACCAGCGAUAAAGAGUAGUAUAAAUAGUGAAAAAGAAAAAAAUGACAGAUAACCAUGUGUCCGGGAUGGAGGCUUCUGCCGUGUCCGUCCUGAAACGGGCAGUGGAGCUGGACCAGAGCGGCCGCUUCCAGGAGUCCCUGGUCUGCUACCAGGAGGGGAUCCAGCUGCUCAUAGACGUGCUGAAAGCUUUAAAAGACGAAUCGAAGAGAGGACACUACAGGGAUAAGAUCAAGGGCUACAUGGACAGAGCAGAGCAAAUCAAAGCUCAUGUUAACCAGAUGAAAGAAGAUGGGAAAUAUCACGAGCAGAUUAAAAUCUCAGAGGAUGCUACAGGCUACAGCUACGAAGCUCUGUUUAAACCAUACAUCAGCAGUGCUCUCUCCGAGGUUUGGGUGGAGGAUCCGUACAUACGUCACACCCACCAGUUGUACAACUUCCUGCGGUUCUGUGAAAUGUUGCUAAAAUCCUGCAGCAAAGUGAAAAAGAUCCACCUCCUCACAUCCCAGGAUGAGCAGGCUGAUAACACCCAGCAGAGCAGCGCUCUGUCCGAGCUGAGGGACAGUCUGGGGGCCGAGGGGGUGACUUUGGAUGUGCAGUACUCCUCCACCAUCCAUGACAGGGAGAUCAGGUUUGACAAUGGUUGGAUUGUAAAAAUCGGAAGAGGGUUGGAUUACUUCAAAAAGCCUAAGGGCCGAUUCUCUAUCGGAUAUUGUGACUACGACCUCCGACGCUGCCAUGAGACUUCUGUGGACAUUUUCCACACCAAACACACAAAAACGCUAUGAGAUUGAUCCUGUUCAAAGGACGUUUGCCUCUAACUCUGACUGACUUUGAAACCUAAACACUUCUGCACUGGUAUUAAAUUAGCACUAACUUGCAGGUUCUCAUCCGGGGUUUAGAUUUAAAAGUGUGUCCUGAACUGAUGUAUCGCAGCCAUCGCUGCCUCUGCCAAUAAAUCUCUGUUUUUGCAUCCCUUUUUGUGCCUGUAAAUAGCGUCUGUAUCUAUGGUUGUAUUUAUUGAGAGGGAUUUUAUGGACCAAUAUGUGCUGGAAUAAACUGUAAAAAUGCUUUUAUAUAUUUUCUAAAAUAAUUAAAGUAUGCUUUUA